AAAAAUUCUUUUUUAGUGCUCAGCGCCAAUGAAGUUUAGAGAUUUGUUCAAUGCCUAGGCUACGUCGCUGUGCCCUCACUCUGUGCUCCAUUGUUAUCAAUUAUCAUUGUUACCUAUUUUAUUGAAAUGAAGUAUGGUAGAGUAAAACAGCUGUGUAAUUCCAAAAAAAUUAAUAAUACCAAAUAACUAAAUAUAGUUUAAUUAAAUAAAUUUCAAUUGAAUCAAGAAAGUGAACUGUGAUCCUUGGUCGUAAUAGUUGUUUGUAAAUAGAAGUGCUCAAAAUACCAUUGUAUUGUUUACUGAUUAUACUGUAGGUCGAUUUACUAUGAUAGUACAAUAUCAUAGUUACAUAUUCAAUCAAUGUCAAUAACUAUCAUUAAUAAUAUUCGCUGUUUACUUUAUAUGAAUACCAUUAAUAAUAUCUGAAACAAGCUCUGGUCGUAAUCACGUAAUUUAUGAAAUAUAGCGGACAUUUGCAGUGUAAAAUAUGGAAGGUCUGAGUCAGAAUGAAAAGAUUAUCUGGCACUGUUGGGAGGAGAAAUCAGCCCGGGAUAUGGUUCGAGAAGCUGCCGCAAAGGGAACUCAUAUUGGUCUUGCAAUUAAAUACCUCAUGAGUAAAAAUUCUUGGAGUGAAUCCACAGCACGAGAUUGGUUCCUGGCAGAGGUUAAAGCAUGGACGGUUCAGUUACUGAUGCGAAAGCAAAUAUUUAAAGUUCUUCAUAUACUAAAUAAAUGCAAUUUGAACCCAGAAGAACAUUUGAUCACUCUUGCAGAGACUUCACCUGAAAUUGAAUAUAGGGACUUUAUUGUGGAACACUUGCAAAAACUCUCCAAGGAUAUGAAAAGUGAAAAUUUAAACAAGUGGGAAAAUUUCAAAAGACAUUGGAACUUACUUCGUUAUCUCGAAAAGUCAUUUGAAGUUGAUGGUACCUUUAAACAAAACAAAGUAUUUGGUAUUGGAAGUAACAGAGUGUUUGUAAAUGAGAGUGAAAUAAAGGCUUUGACUAUUGAAAAUAUUGAAAAAUAUCCCCCUGAUUGGAAAUGCAAGAUUGCAACUUCAUUAUUCUUUGACACAUUUGAAUUCUCUCUUUUGGAUUUUUCAACUCCUCUGAACAUGUGGAACUAUUUAGUUGAUUACAAUAAAUCUAUGAUUCUUGUUCGUUGGAUCAAUGUUCAGAUGUCAGAGGUAGUGCGCGAUAUGAAUGCACGCUAUAAUUUUUUUAAUAACGAUAAUUUUGUGCAAAAACUUUUAAAUGUUGAUACUAAGGGCUUCACCAACGAAGUGCUCGAUACUCUGGAUGAAAUAUUUCGCAAAUGGCCUAUUUCCUCAGACAUGGUUGACAUGAUUUCUAACAGUGACUGUUUUGAAUACACAAAAAUGUGUAUUUAUGAUACUUUAGCUUCUUAUGGUAUAAUUGAAGAAAGUGAAAAGAAAAAUUUAUACCAAAUAAUUGCAAGAUUAGCAAGAACACAAAAUUUGAAACUAAUUGAUGACAUUUUUUCUGAAUCAUGUGCCACAAUGAGCAUGCAAGACUUUUAUUUAGAAUUGGCCAAGUAUUUUGUAAAAAAUAAACUCUACAAAGUUUUGACCAUCUGUAUUGAAGGUCAUAUACUUGAUACAGAUUUAUCAGAGGUGGAGCAAGAAGCUAAGGAUUGCAUAGAAUUGUGGUUAUUGUUUAAAAGUAUUGAACAAACAUCUGAUAGACAAAGUCAUGUAGUUCCUGUGUAUAAAACCUGUCAACAGAUAGCAAAGGAUGAUAUUGACAAUUACAUUUCUUCUAAUCCCCAUUUGGUAUUAGGUAUGAUCUUAUUAGAAGAUAACCUGAAUUUAUUCGAUAUAUUUUCUAAAAAAGAAUUUUUGGAGUUUAAAGACUUCAAAUUGCCGAAUAAAGGCUAUAAACAUAAACACCCUCAUUUGUAUAAUGUUUACAAGAAACAUGCCAGUGAAAAUAAAAUGUAUGAAUGUAAGGAUGUAAACGUCUAUCAAUUACUUUCUGGAUAUCGGGGGCUAGACGUUUCUAAAAUAUUUGAAUUUCAAAUAAUAAAUAUAAACAGCAACAACCAAAUACCUGAUAAAACGGAUCGACGAAGUUUGGGAAGCCUUCUAUCCAAUGACUUGGAUGUUCAUGGUCUAAAAGCACUGACUCAAAGAUCUGUAGAUAUGCCAGAUUUUGCUAAUGAAAAACUAAUGAAACGCUAUGGGUAUGAUGCUAAAUUAAAUCAUACCUAUUAUUUGAAGCAAUAUCGUCCCUGCAAUGCCAGCCAAGCUUUUGUGUCUCAACAGUAUCAAAUAUACAAUCGUCUGCAGGAAAAGAGUAUCAAAAAUGCUUGUUGUGAAGCACACGCAUUGGCUCUUCAAAACUGGUUCGAUACUGCAUUGACAGCCUGCGCCAUUUCUUUUGUCGCAAUGAUCGGGUGUAAUCCUACUAGAUGUCGAGUUCAUAUAUCAGCAACUAAAAUGAUAAAAUAUCAUAUGAUACGUCAUAAAGGUUUUCCUGAAAACGAAGCUAAUAAAAUAAUUAACGAUUUUAUGAUAAAGUUGAUCCAAAACAAUGACGAGACUGCUAAAACUAUUCUGAAGUAUUUAGAAGAAAUAACGUUAUGUAAAUUGAAAGAAAUUCUAGACACAAAUGGAAAACUGGAUAUGUCUUUAGUAUUAUACGAAUCCCAGACUAUGAUUAAGUUUGCGAUGUUGCACAAUUUGCAAUUGCCAGAAAUGCAGCUAAGAGAAUUUGUAAAAAAUGGUUCUUGGUUCAACUUUCUGCUUUUCGGCGAUGUUUUUAGAUAUCCUCUGGCCCAAAUGUUACAAUUAUCACAGGAAUUCGAAAAGACAUCAUAUGCUGAGCAUUUAAAAUACAUAAUGGUCCAUAGAAGUGCAGAAGAUGAUAAAGAACAAAAAUCCAAUUCUAGUAAUGGACAAAGAAGGCUUACAAGGCUCAAUUCCGUCGACAGUAGUCCUACCCAGAGUGUGGUAUUUGACUAUCCGCCCAGCACGUACAUGGGCCGUGAACUGUGGGAAGUGGCUGCUGCUUGCCACGGCCCUGAAGAUCCUCCUGCAGCUUUACUUCGAGCUGCUGACAUGUACCGAGAACCUUUGCUUGUGCUCAUCGCUAGUUGUUAUGAGCCAAAUGCAGUGGAUGUGCUCUGGGCUCACUGGAUAUUAUCUUCCUUAGAGCCAAAUAAUCGUAGUCGAGAGGCUCUGCAAACGGUGAUUGCUCAAAAUGUUCCAGCUCAGUUAUUCCAAAAAGUUGCUGAAAUAUGUCUCAUCGAAGGCUAUAUUACAACCUUGCACGAGUCCAUGCUCAUUUUUAUGCCGGAAAGCCCUCUAUCAAUAUUAACAUCGUUUCUCUAUCGAUGUAUACGGCGUCUCACGUUUGAUUCUGAGACAAACAAGUACUUGAACAGUUUUCUCCAACAUUGUCAACGUCGGUACAGUAUCGAUGCUAAUGGCUUACCAUGUGAUCUCUCGAAGGAAUCGCUGCAAAGAAUUUCUGUGGCUUUAGUGAAAAUAGCCCUUACUCACAAUUUUGAUAUGCCUUUUCAUCAAAAGGAAUUCUUGAAAUGCCUUGCUGACGCCCGUUUUGGUAAAGAUUUUAUUGUGCAGUCGCCAGAUUUUAUAACUUUGUAUGAAAUUUUUGAAAUAACUAUGGAAACUACAUCUGUGAUGAACAUAUCAAAGAUGUUGGCAGAUGAUGCACAAUCCUAUUUCCUCGAACGUGUAGAAAUGUAUACUCGCGAUAGUAAUUACGAUGUCGCAUUAAAAAUAGCUAAACUAACGGGACUAUCAGUUGAUGAAAUUUUGAUAUCAGAAUGGGAUAAAAAGUGCACAAGAAUGACACUUAUUACUGAAGAUGAUUUGGUUGUAAAUGAUAAAGAUCUAACAUUUAUCAUUGCUCAGUGCAGUGAGGCCUUUAUGGAAGCCGGUGUUACUUUUAACAAAGCAAUUGAGUUCCUCUCACGAGUUUCCCUCAAAAUUGAAGAACAAGAACAAAAGUUUUAUGCCUACAGAGUAAUUAUGAGUUGGUUUGAAGAUAACCGUGUGUAUGGUGAGAAGCGAGAAGAAAUUGAACAUGAAAUGUGGGAAUCGUAUUUACUAAGCAAAACAAACAUAGCAUUUAAAGAUUAUCACGGCACCGUUAAUUUCGUUCUAAAUGACCAAAAAGAAAUAACAUACUCCCAAAAUAUUGAUUUGCUACACGAAGAAAAGCCUUUUUCACUGACUUUACACGAGAUUGAAGUGGAAUCAGAUGUGGUGAACAUAGAGAACGUGGAAUUGUUGGAAGAUCCCGAACUCGUAGAGCGCUGGAAAAGAGCUGUCAAUGAGUUGUUGGAGCUAAAACUUCUUGUAGAAGGUUUCCGGUUAGCUGCAUUGUAUAAACCGCCUGAAGAGUACCUUUACGGGUCACCCGUUUGUCCCGUAAAGAUUAUAAGGACUUGUUUACGAUUAGCCGAGGGGACAUGCUCACCUUACGAAUUGCCGCAGGAGUUACGCUUGGUGAUAUCCUCGCCUACACUUCAAAACAAAUUGACUGUUUCAGAGGCGUCCGAAACAAGUUUUGAAGAGUUAGUAGUGAUACAGGAGCGACAAGACGGUGUGGGCGUGCCUCACUUGGCUGCGCGGGAAGAAGCCGACCGCUUGUCUGCACUGGAGGCUCUUGCAGUACGUAGUGGGCUCUCAGUUGCUAAACAGAUAGCCAACUACUUCAGGAUCGCUCUGCAGAUCGGCUGGGAUUAUGCAUCAGUGUUAAAAUACCAAAGUCGACCUUUGGAUUUCAUAAAUUUAGUCAGCGGAAGAGCUCGGAUGUCAUUGGCGAAUCUCGUUUUUCGUACCUGCAACAUCCCGUCAAAACAAAUUGCAGAAUAUUUGUGUCGUGAGAUGGUCGCCGCGGUAAUAUCACCACAUCUACUUAAAACUUCGACCUUCAGACAAAAGGAACACUUCCAGUACACUCUAUGGGGUUACGUACUCGAUUCAGACACCGAAAUGUUUUUAAACAUGCGACCAGACGCUUGCAGUCAAAUCGGUCGCCUCAUCCUUGACCAUUUGAUGGCAUUCCAAAAGAUUUAUAAGGCGACAAGUGCUUUUAAGAUUCCUGAAAAUAGUUUGGACGACAGUUAUCUCGAUGUGGAAACUUUGAUUGACGAAGAGUAUCAAAAUGUCGAAGGCGAUGAAGUAGAAUCAAUUUUGACGGAAGAAGGGACUCUUAUGUCCGCAGAAACUGAAUCAGUGUACUCAGUUUCCACGGUAUAUAACGCUGGUAAUAAGAUGUCACGUGACUCUAGGAGAAAUUUGUUCGAUGUGAUUUCGCGGAGCAAUGUUCAUAUCAGAUACGAAGUUAAGUCUAACAUCAGGAAGAUUACGAAAGGUGCCAAAUUAUCAUCGAAGCAGGUAAACAUAAUUUCGAUCGAGUUGUUAGUUCUCGCGCACGAGUGUUUCUCAUGCGCGUGCGACACGGAGGGCGUGGCGGUGGUAUUGCGUUCGGCGCAGGCGCUGUCGGCUCGCCUGCUGACCGCACGCUCUUGGCGGCUCAUGGUUCGGCUGCUUACAGGCCUCGCGCGGUACACUGAGUGUGCUUACAUAUUGCAGGCUUUACGCGACAACCAUCAGUUUGAGUUCCUCCUCGGCCAGUUCGAUUACAUGUUGGGUCAGCAGCAAGACAAAAUUGCGGAAUUCAAGCACGGUCUACUAGACUUCUUGAAAACCCACUGUCCAGGCGACACGGACACAUACAUUAUGGUGGCUUUACAUUUUAACAUGUACUCAGAGGCUGCGUACGUAAAAAAGAAACAGGCGAAGGAUCUUAUUGAUGACCUGGAGAAAAUGGCGAGCGAUGCAACCAAAACGUCGCGGAGAUCGUCACAACCUGUGUGGUUGCUUAUACACGAUAACGUUCCGACGAGAUCGCUCCUAGACACGGCGUUAAAUCACUGCAACGACGCCUGUGAACUCUACCUUCAAGGAGGAUGCACGGGUUUUGCCGGAGAGAUGGCGGUGCUCGCGCAAAAGAUAGCGCUACAAAUAUCUCUUUUGGAUGCAUCGCCAACGCGACUCAUUCUUAAUAGGAAUACCGAACAGACGUACAGCCUUGUUUCGGAAUAUUUAAGCUUUAUGGAGGGACUGGUACUUCUAUCGAAUAGCGGCAGUGCGAUAUGGCGCGAGCUGGCGUACCGACGUUCGCUAUCGAACGACCAAGCAUACCUGCGAGACAUGGCUACUUACCGGCCCGAUAUAGCAAAUGACUUUCUGAACAGGUAUAAAUCCGAAAAGAAGAGAACUCCAGUAUCUCAGGCGGCUAUGACAGAAUUGCGUACCCUGAUUAGAUGAUAUAGGGUUAGAACCGGUAAAGUUAAGAUCUCACUCUAAUACUAAUAUGAUUAGAGUUUAUAUUCCAAAGUUACUGAUUUAACAUAUUUAUAGAUACUCGUUUAUUUAAAGGCUUUAACAAAAAUGACAUUAUGUAACAUCUUCGAAGUUUAAUAUUAAAUGAUAUAAUAUAUUAUUCUUAUUGAAAAGUGUAUAGCUGUGAUAUUUGAAAUUGACUGAGA